GAUUUCAGAGUGAUAUUUUCAAAGGUGGCAAGAUGUUUUUUCCUCAGAAUUCCAGCGAUCUUUCUUUGGAGAAUGAAGAAAAUAUGAAAAAGGGUUUCUGGUGGUCCUUUCUGGGUUCUAUGUUAUUCCCCACCCCAAAGCAUAUUCCCAAAAUUGUAUUUGGGUUAUGUAUUAUAAAUAUACUUGGAGCAUUUUUGAAGAUCAAGUUGAAAGAUUCACAGUUUCCCCUCCCAAUAUUCCUGUUUUUAAUAGGAUGUGCUUUUGAAAUCCUAAGUUUUACAUCUUUUGAGGUACAAGAAUAUACAGAGUUGGUACAAUGGAUGGAUCCUGUCAUAUUUAUUAAUUUGUUUACUCCAGUAAUCAUAUUUUCAGUUUCAUUUGAUACAGAUUUUUAUAUGCUUCAAAAACUAUUUUGGCAGAUAAUCAUUCUUACAGUCCCUGGCUUUUUCCUGAAUUAUGCCUUAGUUGACUGGUAUCUGACAUCUGUGAAUAAAUUAGUUUUGGAAAGUAGUCCACGAGUAUUAUUUGCAAUCAUGCUUGUUUGUACAGAUCCCAUGCUGACUACAAGUGCUAUAAGGAAUAUUGGUCUUUCAAAGGGCCUUACACAUUUAAUUACAGGAGAAUGCAUGUUGAUGGCUGCUUUAGCUGAAAAUACCUUCAGGAUCACUUUAUACAUUGCUAAUUUUCAUCAUAAGACCAUAGCUACACAAUUAAGUCUUGUAAUUGCGCAAGAAAUUUUAAAAAAAUUUUUUGGAAGUAUAGUUUUUGGAUUUAUAAACUUCAAAAUCUUAGAGUUUGGGCUCGGGAAUAUAUUUAAUGAUGAUGUCAGUGAAGGAAUGCUUAGUUUUUCAUUAGUAUACAUCAACUUUUAUGUGGCUGAAUGGAGUGGAAUGUCUGGAAUUAUUUCUUUGUUUGUGUCAUCUCUUCUUUUAAAUUCUACAAGCUUUAAACAAGGAGCUGAGCUAUUCCUUCUCAAAUUUUGGAAAAGUAUCAGAUUUUUUGCUUCUCUGAUGAUAUUUACUUUUGUUGGAAUGCUGAUUCCUGCACAUGUCUACUUACGUGUUUCAUUCUCGGAUAUAUAUUAUGCCGUGCAUCUCUACUUUACACUGAUUGUCAUAAGAAUUCUGGUCUUUCUAAUACUGAGCCCUAUUUUGAAUCGGUUUGGCUAUGGAUUUACCUGGCGUUGGGCAUUUACAAUGGUCUGGAGCGAAAUGAGGGGGCUGUUUAACAUAAACAUGGCUCUUACACUGUCUUAUUCGGUUAAUAGCAUUGGAUCAGAAAGGGAAAAGUCUCAGAUCUUACUUCAUGGAGUGACAUUAUGUUUAAUUACUUUGUUGAUAAAUUCAAUCACAUUACCUCGAGCAGUUAUCCAUUUAGGUCUCCGUGAUAUUACAUUAACAAAACGCAAGUCACUCUAUUACACAGUUCAACAUUUUCAAGAAAUAACCAAGUCUGCAGCCACUGCUUUAAGAUUCGACAGAGAUCUUGCCAAUGCAGAUUGGACUUGGGUUGAAAAAAAAACUACGUUUCAAAAUCCUUAUAAGUUGACACAAGAAGAAUCAGAGCAACCGAUGCAAAAAUGUCCAAAAUGUCAAACGGAAAUAGGAGACACCAGAAUUAGCACUGAAAUCAUGGAACUGGCAAGAGUACGCCUAUUAUCAGCACAAAUAGCAAGCUAUGAGAGACAAUUUGCAAGUGAAAUUUUGUCCCAAAAUGCAGUCAAAGUCUUGAUAGGUGCUGCAGGAAGUUUUGGUGAUAAAAAGGGACAAUUUAUGAGUUUUCAGACAAUACAGGCUUAUGUGGAAAAAAAGAAAUUUUUUAAUUUCUUCAGAAAUAUAUUACUAAAUUGGAUUUAUAACAGUAGAAAAGAAAAAGGAGCACCAACAAAAUACUACAUAGCUCUACUAAAUCCAAUUCUUUUAUUUUGUCAUAAGAUCGUGUUUAGUGAUAGAUUUGAAUUUACUGGAUAUCUUGUCAUCAUGUUGAAUAUGUCUCCUCUUAUAAUGUCUUGGAUACCACAAUUAAAUAUAAUCUAUAACGAGGAAAUCAGAACCGUAAACCAUACAUUCCUUUUGUUUUACGUAGUGGAAGCCGCAUUUAAGAUAAUAGCAAUGAGGAAGAGAUUUUUCCAACAAAACUGGAACAUAUUAGAGUUAAUAAUCACAUUGAUUGUCAUCUUUGAGGAAAUACUGAUUGAUUCAGAAACCGUGGACAUUACUAACCAGGCAAAUGAUACUGUCGUGUUUCUAAAAGUUGUGAAAUCACUUCGUAUAUUUCGUGUCUUUAAGCUCAUAACGCCAAUGUUACUUGAGGUAAUAGAUAAGAGAAUGAGCCAGCAAUUGUCUUUUAGAUAUGCCAUCUUAAAAGGAUAUGUUCAAGGUGAAGCAGACGUAAUAUGUAUAAUAGACCAUAUUUCUAGUAACAAAUCAGUUGCUCAGGUAUUACGUCAUCGUGUAUCCAAGAGUGCAGAAAAUGCUAUGAAAGAGCUAGGUUAUUUAGAAUAUGACCAUCCAGAUAUUGCAAUUGCUAUGAAAACCAAGGAGGAAAUUAACACUUUGCUCAAAAUGGCUUCAGAGAUUCUUAGCAGCUUAGAAGCAAAAGGAAUAAUCAAUAAAGCUGAAGUUAAUGUAAUACAGAAGAUAAUUAUUGCUAAAAAGAAAGAUAUGCUCGAUUUUGAACCCAUUAUCAGACUUCCCUCUCUUGAUGAAAUAUUAUACCAUAUUCCAUGGCUAAAUAAAUCAGAAGUCCACAUAAAUUUCAUUAAGAAAAAAGUCAAAAUCUUGACCUUUGAUUGUGGAAACAAUAUAUUUGAAGAAGGUGAUGACCUGACAGGAAUAUAUUUGAUUAUCACUGGAAUGAUAAAGCGAAAGAGUACUUACCAUGAUUUUAGAACGGACCAAAUGCCCCCAAAGGGUGACUAUAACCAUCAGAUGGCUUAUGCGGACUACCUCAUCAGUGGGGCAAUCCUAGGAGAAUUGAACUGCUUAACCAAUGAACCAGUGAAAUAUACUGCUACCUGUAAAACUGUAGUAGAGACCUAUUUCAUCCCCAAAGAGCAUUUGUAUGACACAUUUAAAGAGUGCUGUCCUUCCAUAGAAUAUAAAAUAUGGCUCAAGUUGUCACUUGGUAUUGGUGCUCAAAAAGUCAAGGAAAUUUUGGCUUAUGAGAAUUGGUCAUACAACUUGCAAUUACAGCUCUGUAAUGUGUAUGUGAGAGAUGUACCAAUAGAUACCAAAGUUGACAUUUAUGAUGAAACUGUGAGCUAUGUUAUUCUUGUAUAUGGAUCUGCAAAAGAUUGUCAGUUACAGAAAAUACAUUUUGCACCCACACUAAUUCCUAAAACGUGUCAUCAGAUACAAGGUAUUGCAAACAUAACAAAACUACUGGUGAUUCAGACAUCAGUUGAUCUAAAGAAAUGCAGGAACAACACUAAAUACUAUGUUCCUGUAUGCAAACAUGUAACAAAACCUAAAGCUGGAAAUUCCAUUUCAGAGAGGAACCUACCUUCAGACACCACAGUGAAUUAUCAGAAACAUAUGAAAGAGUUAUCUACGGACAUCAGGGUGAACUUGGAGGCACUUGAAGAUCUCUGAUUUCUUAGAAGCUUCUGUUUCAGAG